GCGCCGCCCGCGUAUGUACCAAACCGUGCCGGUAUACGGUAUGUAAACAUAAUAAACGUGUACAAAAUACAUGUAGAUCUAUGUACACACGAACCGGCCAUAUCGUCAGGGAAAAAGACGUGGUAUUUUCAUUCCCGAAGUUAACAAUUUCAGAGGAGAAAAAAGAAAAUGAUCAAGAAUCGAUUCAGGAAAGGAAAACACAGAAAGUUUCAGGAUGACUGGGAAAAGUCUCAUGAGCCAGUCGUUGAAGGUGUUACAUUCUUUGUUAAAUACCUUGGAGUUGAGAUAGUCAAUCUACCCAACGACGAAACGCAUACCGCGGAUGCAAUUAAAAAGAUUGUCCAUCGGGCAAAGUAUGGAUCUGGUAAGGUGCGGAAAGUGGCACUGACAGUGACGCCAACAUCAUUAAAACCCACAGACUUGGAAACAAAUGAAGAAUUAGAAGAAAUAGUUAUUCAUAGGAUAUCAUACUGUACAGCAGACAAGAACAAUGACAAGAUCUUUGGAUUCAUCUCGUGUCACUUCAGAACAGAAGUCUUAGAAUGUCAUGCUUAUCUAUGUCAGAAACGCAAAGUGGCGGAGGCCUUAGCUCUGACGGUAGCACAGGCAUUCAAUAUCGCUUAUGAUGUGUGGAAGAAGAGCAGAGCUGAAAAGGCAAGCACCGACUCGGAAGGGAAAGACGAAAGCAUAUCAGAUGACUACGCGGAAUCGUCAGAUACUAGUACAAACCAUGGUUCACCGGUUAGGAAGUCGGCCCCUCAGUCCAUCCCAGGAUGCAAUUCUACGGAAUCAAGAUCCCCAAACCAUUGGUCUCCCGACAUCACAUCACCCUCAUUACAACCUCCUCCACUUUCCACCAAAAUAUUAUCUGUUCAAUGUGAUACGCCUGUCAUCUCAUCCUCCGCCCCACCCACGACGCUCAACUUUGAAAAGCAUCGGCCGCCACCUUUAGUUUUCAACGGCCAUGUUCACCUUGAUGAUAGCAACAAACAAAUGCACCAAGUUACAAACUCAUUAUCAAAUUUAGGCCUAGAAGACGAUGAUGGAGAUUUGGAUGACUGUUUUUCAAAAUUGGCUGAAAGUCGAUCGAACCCUGGUCUUCUGGACAUCAACGUCAAGCGAUCGCCGUUUGAUGCAGACGUGAUCGUGCACUUCUCCGGAACGAACAAGGACCGAGAUACGUUACUGAAAUCCGAGUCCAAGGAUUCUUUCUUCCUUCCCAAUUCGCAAGAUAAUCUUCUGAUCGGUAACCUUUGAUCCCGGCUUGCGUAGCGUAUUCUCGGACCCGGCAGAGAGGUCUGAAUUCCAUUCUACACAAGAUUUUAAUAAUGAAAUGAACAUUUAUACGAUAGAUUAUUAUCAUUAGAAUGUAAAGUUUUUUGUAUUUCAUGAAAGUUUUUCACAGAACUCAAAAGUGAAUGGACGGUGUUUGUGCAAGUAUGUGCUUAGAUGUAUUAUUGAAUAGAAUGAAAUAUAAAUAUAUAUAUGAAGGGUCACUAAAGUUGCUGUUGAGUAUCAUAUAGCUCACUAAAAAUGCAUGUUAAUUUAUUUUAUUUUUCUUGUGUGUGUUAAAGGGAAAUCCAACAUGAAGAGCAAUGUCUAUGAAGAGGAAAGGAGAGAAACUUAACCAGCAAAGCAGAUUGGUGAAAGUUUGAAUAAAAUUUGUCAAACAAUGAGA